CAUAAGGUAGAAUCAUUCUCUCUGUUUAUCCUGUUUACCCGUAUCACUGAGAAUGAAAGAGAAAAAAAAAAUUCCAAGUUUUGGGUUGUGACCAGUAAGAAAGGGGACAUGUUCCAGUGGGAACACUGGUUCUGGUGACAACCAGGUAUGUGGUUUGCAUGCCCUCUGAUUCAGGGGCGGACUGACAACUCAUGGGGCCUUCGGGCAAUAGGGGAUCAUGGGGCCCCCGUGUCCUCGCCCACACUCAAAUCACACCCAAAAAAGCCUAUGAAAGGUACCAGGGACAUCUCAUGGGGCCCACUACUGACCCCGGGCCCUCGGGCAGUGCCCGAGUUCCCCAAUGGUCAGUCCGCCCCUGCUCUGAUU